CCGUCAGGGAACUACGGCCUGUGGGACCAGCACGCCGCCAUCUCGUGGGUGCGAAGGAACAUCGCCGCCUUCGGAGGAAACCCAGACAACAUCACCAUAUUUGGACAGUCGGCGGGGGCCGCCAGCGUCAGCUUCCAGAUGUUGUCCCCGUACAGUAAAGGAUUGUUCCGGCGGGCCAUCAGUCAGGGUGGCGUGGCCUUGAGUCCUUGGGCCUUGCAGAAGGAACCCAUGGCACUCACCAAGAAGGUAGCCCAACCCAUCACUUCC